AUGCGGUUAUUGUCAAUAUUCCUUGUUACCACGGCGGUGGUAGCCCACGGCACCAACGACAUCAAGGCGAAGCCAGAAGGCAUACUGUGGCAGGACUGGCACAUGUUGGAAGAACACCAGAUUGAACAGUACGACCCCAUCACCUUCUUCAAGAUCCACGACCUCAACGACAACGGCAGGUGGGAAACCACAGAUAUCUUAAAUAUCUACGGGCUUGCACGUGAUACGGUUGUAGGGGACGGCUCGGGCAUGGGCCAGCAUGAACAUGGCCACGAAACCAUCACGCAACAGGCCAAGGAUCACGUGGUGGAGACGAUUUUGCUGUUGAUGGCCACCAACGGUGACAGGCACAUAUCGGCCCAGAAUUGGGUUGACUUUACCUCGAGCGGCAAGCAGUUGCCCGACUUUGGCUACGGCCAGGGCCAUCACCUCGACUUUGAAAGAGAGUACGAAGAGCACCACUGGAACCAGUACCACAAAGAUCAGGAUCCUGAGGUGUUGAUCAAGCACAAAGAGGAUAUCGAACACGAGAUGUUGCACCACGAGCAUGAGAUCGAGCAGUCCCAUAACAUGGCCCCCGACAUCCGUGGGAUCACCAAGAAUUUUCAAUCGCCGAUAAAGCUUCACAAUCUUCCUGCCAAGUACACCAAAUGA